AUGGGGUUCCCCGUCGGCGGCUACUCCGAGCUGCUCCUCCCUCGGACGCUCCUCGGCCUCACCCUCCUGCUGGGCUACCUGCGCCGCCUCGUCUCGGACGCCUUCAGCGCCUGCCUCGGCGUCCUCCUCCUCGACGACGGCUUGCGCGUCCGCCGCCGUCAAUCCACAGCGCUGGCCGUCGACCGGGCGCUCCCCGCGACGCGAUACGACGGUGACUGCGACGGCCGCGGCAGCGGCUGCGCCAUCUGUCUGUGCGAGUUCGAGCAGGGGGAGGCGGUGCGGAAACUGAGCGAUUGUCGCCACGUGUUCCACCGCGGCUGCCUCGACCGCUGGGUGGAGCAUGGCCGGAGCACCUGCCCCCUCUGCCGUGCUCCGCUGUUCAGCGACCUCGCUUGGGACGCCGCGCCUCACGCUUACCAUGACGACGACUGCGACGACUUCGCUCCCACAACUCGGGCCAUGCUUCUCCUUGAUCAACUCUUUUCCGCCUCGUGGUUCAAUUCCGCAGCCGACUAUGCUUUGGACAGAGAUUUGCUCGAACCCACAAAUCUAAGCCUUUAAUUCCAAUUAAAUUCAACAAAACAUAACAAAUAAAAUUCGUUCAAAAAAUAGAAAAAAGCUUUGGAAAUAAGUCAUAUUUCAACCUGCAAGUUCUCUCCAGUCUGGAGUAAAAUAAGGAAUCGGUGUGUAUUUUCA